CAGCCCGAGGAAAGUUUGGCUUCUAGGAGGGAGAGAAGCGAAUAUGGCAGCGUGGUGGUGGCUUCGGUGUGUCUCUGCCCUCAUUGUGCUGGCGCUGCUGCUGGUUUAUAGGGUUCCCUCGGCCUCUGCCCAAAGAAAGAAAGAGAUGGUAUUAUCUGAAAAGGUUAGUCAGCUGAUGGAAUGGACUAAUAAAAGACCCGUAAUAAGAAUGAAUGGAGAUAAAUUUCGUCGCCUUGUUAAAGCCCCACCAAGAAACUACUCUGUUAUUGUCAUGUUCACUGCUCUUCAACUUCAUAGACAAUGUGUUGUGUGCAAACAAGCUGAUGAAGAGUUCCAGAUCCUUGCAAACUCCUGGCGAUAUUCCAGUGCAUUUACCAACAGGAUAUUUUUUGCUAUGGUGGAUUUUGAUGAAGGUUCUGAUGUAUUUCAGAUGCUAAACAUGAAUUCAGCUCCAACUUUCAUCAACUUUCCUGCAAAGGGAAAACCCAAACGGGGUGAUACAUAUGAGUUACAGGUGCGUGGAUUUUCAGCUGAGCAGAUUGCCCGGUGGAUUGCUGACAGAACUGAUGUCAAUAUUAGAGUAAUUAGGCCCCCAAAUUAUGCUGGUCCCCUUAUGUUGGGAUUGCUUUUGGCUGUUAUUGGUGGACUUGUGUAUCUGCGAAGAAGCAAUAUGGAAUUUCUUUUUAAUAAAACUGGAUGGGCUUUUGCAGCUUUGUGUUUUGUGCUUGCAAUGACAUCUGGUCAGAUGUGGAACCAUAUAAGAGGACCACCAUAUGCUCAUAAGAAUCCCCACACGGGGCAUGUGAAUUAUAUCCAUGGAAGCAGCCAAGCCCAAUUUGUUGCCGAAACACACAUUGUUCUUCUGUUUAAUGGUGCGGUUACCUUUGGAAUGGUGCUUUUAUGUGAAGCUGCUACAUCUGACAUGGAUAUUGGAAAGAGAAAGAUAAUGUGUGUAGCUGGUAUUGGACUUGUUGUACUAUUCUUCAGUUGGAUGCUAUCUAUUUUUAGAUCUAAAUAUCAUGGAUAUCCAUACAGCUUUCUGAUGAGUUAAAGGGAUGCCAGUGAUAGCUAGAUGCUGGAAUGAUAUAAAUUGAAAAAUGAGAACCACGUGUGUUUUUGAAAAGAAGAAUACAAGUUGUGUGUUUUGUAUUACCUCUUUUUUGCAAGUGAUUUAAAUAAUUGGUCAUUUAACCAAA